AUGGAGAGCCGAAAGGACAUGGUUAUGUUUUUGGAUGGGGGACAGCUUGGCACUCUGGUUGGCAAGAGGGUCUCCAAUUUGUCCGAAGCCGUGGGCAGCACGCUGCCGGAGCCGCCCGAGAAGAUGGUGCCCCGUGGCUGCCUGAGCCCUCGGGCCGGUCCCGCGGCCUCGCGGGGGAGCCUGGAGGAGGAGCCGGUGGACGGACUAGCAGGAAGCGCGGCGGGGCCGGGCACCGAGCCGCGGGCAGCCGGGGCAGCCGCGCUCGGCCCCGGACCGCCGGCCCCCUCGGCCGCCGACAGCAUCUCGGGCCAGGGGCAACCCAGCAGCUCGGACACGGAAUCGGAUUUCUAUGAAGAAAUCGAGGUGAGCUGCACCCCGGACUGCGCCACGGGCAACGCCGAGUACCAGCACAGCAAAGGGCCGGGCUCCGAGGCGCUGACCGGCAGUCCCCAGGGCGGCAGCGAGGCCCCCAAGAGCACCGGCGGGGGCUCGCAGGGCAGCCUGGCCUGCAGCGCCAGUGACCAGAUGCGCCGGUACCGCACCGCCUUCACCCGGGAGCAGAUUGCGCGGCUGGAGAAGGAAUUCUACCGGGAGAACUACGUGUCCAGGCCGCGCAGAUGCGAGCUGGCUGCCGCCCUGAACCUGCCAGAAACCACCAUCAAGGUGUGGUUCCAGAACCGGCGCAUGAAGGACAAGCGGCAGCGGCUGGCCAUGACGUGGCCGCACCCGGCCGACCCCGCCUUCUACACGUACAUGAUGAGCCACGCGGCGGCCGCGGGCGGCCUGCCCUACCCCUUCCCGUCGCACCUGCCCCUGCCCUACUACUCGCCCGUGGGCCUGGGCGCCUCCGCCUCGGCCGCCUCGCCCUUCAGCGGCCCGCUGCGCCCGCUCGACACGUUCCGCGUCCUGUCGCAGCCCUACCCGCGGCCCGAACUGCUGUGCGCCUUCCGCCACCCGCCGCUCUACCCCGGGCCCGCGCACGGCCUGGGCGCCUCGGCCGCCGGGCCCUGCUCCUGCCUCGCCUGCCACAGCGGCCCCGCCAACGGGCUGGCGCCCCGCGCCGCCGCCGCCUCGGACUUCACCUGUGCCUCCACGUCCCGCUCGGACUCCUUCCUCACCUUCGCGCCCUCCGUGCUCAGCAAAGCCUCCUCCGUGGCGCUGGACCAGAGAGAGGAGGUGCCCCUAACCAGAUAA